AUGGCAUGCGACCCCGUUUGGGUUGACGAUGCGCGGUCGCGAAUCAAGGAAGCGGCUCUGGCGGUCGUCGAGGCGCAGCAGGCUGCAGUGGAGCUGAGCGCGCGGGCGGACUCGGCGCAUUACGAAUCGGAGCGGCCGACUUCUUACUCCGCCAAUGCCUCCCUCCGCUUCAGCCGCAGCGAACCAUCCCCAGCCGCCACGACAGCUCAAGACGGCGCAGAAACUCCCACGCCUCGGGGCAAGACCCGCAGCGCGUGGUUCUCAAUGGGCCGAUCUAGUGUUUCUGAGCAGCGCGAUGGGGAUCGGAGCAGCACGGCGGUACGGAUCCAUAGCACGCCGCGGCUGCCUCAGAUCCCUAUCCCUCCUUACACCCUGUCGUCGCCAGUACCUCCCACCCAGCCAUCGCUCUCCCUCCCAUCCCCCAUAUCCUCUCCCUCACUCCCCGCAGUCACCUCUCCCUCCCACUCCGCCAUCGCCACUUCCUCCCACCUCACAAUCACUCCGUCCCACCCCGCCAUCUUCUCUCCCUUUCCUCCCCGCCGUCGCCUCUCCCUUACCUCCCCGCCGUCGCCUCUCCCUCUUCCCCGCCGUCGCCUCUCCCUCCUCCCCGCCGUCGCCUCUCCCUUACCUCCCCGCCGUCGCCUCUCCCUUACCUCCCCGCCGUCGCCUCUCCCUCCUCCCCGCCGUCGCCUCUCCCUCCUCCCCGCCGUCGCUCUCCCUCCUCCCCGCCGUCGCUCUCCUCCCCGCCGUCGCCUCUCCCUCCUCCCCGCCGUCGCCCUCCUCCCCGCCGUCGCCUCUCCCUCCUCCCCGCGUUCGCCUCUCCCUCCUCCCCGCCGUCGCCCUCCCUCCUCCCCGCCGUCGCUCUCCCUCCUCCCCGCCGUCGCCUCCGGCGACAGGUGCCCGGAGCGCAAGCGCGGUUUGGUGCGCAAUCGCGGGUUGGUGUGCAAUCGCGGGUUGGUGCGCAAGCGCGGGUUGGUGCGCGAGCGCGGGUUGUUUUCGGAGGCACCGUGGUUAUCAGGUGCGUUCCCGGUCCUUUCAUCCUCCCUCCCCCCUCUGAAAUUUCCUCUUUUUUUUUGCUAA